UCCAGAAGGCGUAACACAGAGACCGAAAGAAAGAGAGGGUGACACUCUAGAAGAGACAGGGUAAGAAAGAGAAGAAGAAUCGGACAGCCUCUUAGAUCUAAAAAGUGGUCGAAGAUCUGUUCGCUGGGUUUCUGAAUUAAAAGUCAAGUUUUUGAAAGCCGGAGUGAUAAAAACGACCAGGUCAAGAUGCCUAAUUUCGCUGGAACCUGGAAGAUGAAGAGCAGUGAAAAUUUUGAAGAACUCCUCAAAGCGCUUGGGGUGAACGCUAUGCUGAGGAAGGUGGCCUGUGCUGCAGCCUCUAAACCCCACGUGGAGAUCCGCCAGAACGGAGAACAGUUCUACAUCAAAACCUCCACCACCGUGAGGACCACCGAAAUUAACUUCCAGAUAGGACAAGAGUUCAACGAGGAGACCGUAGAUGGGCGCAAGUGCAAGAGCCUGGUCACAUGGGAGACAGAGAACAAGAUGACCUGCAGGCAAACCCUUCUGGAUGGAAACGGCCCCAAGACGUACUGGACACGAGAGCUGAGAGGGAACGAACUCAUUCUGACCUUUGGGGCCGAUGACGUGGUGUGCACACGGAUUUAUGUACGUGAAUAAGCACUGGAUGGAGGGAUAUUCCAGCACUUGCAGCUUUGGAGGAAUAACAUUUUUGUUUGUGAUUAACUUGUACUGUUGUUAGUUGAUACUUUUUUCUGUUACGACUUAAUCACCAUUUAUGUUUAUUCAAUUUAAUCAUUAGAUUCAUUUUAAUAAUGUUUUUUUAAUAAUGUAGUGUUAGUCAGGCCUGGCUCAAGCGCUAAGAUGUCUUUAGGUGGGCCGGACAGUUGAGGAAUUGAGAAGACCUGGUGUUAGUUAUAUUCAUGGUUAUAUCUGACAAACAUUUGUAAUGGUUUACUACAGUAUUGUCUAAUAAUCUUUAUUAACUUUUUUGUAGUCAUUGUGCAUGAAAUAAUAAAGAC